GUGGGGGCGGUCAGCUGAUGCGAGGAGCGACGGGGAUGGAGAAUCACUUCAGUGUGCCGCCGACGCCCCGAGGAAGGAGUUGUACGCGACUUUGCUCUUGUGUUUCACAGAAAGAUUAAUAAAAAAAAACACACACAGAAGAAAAUGGACCAUUCGAGCAUGAACCACUCAAUGGACCACCACGCGGGGAUGGACCACUCUAUGAUGGACCACUCGGGGAUGGAUCACUCCGGCAUGGAUCACUCAGGACACGAGGGGCAUGGCAUGGCGGGGGCUGUGGUUAGCACGACAGUUAAAGCCAUUGUCGACGCAGUGCAGAGUGGAGGUGAUCACAGUGGGCACAUGAUGCACGGCUCAGGCCACGGAGGUCAUGACAUGGACAUGGACAUGGACAUGGGUAUGUCGAUGACUUUUCAUUUUGGUUACGAUGAGGUCAUCCUGUUCGAUUUCUGGAAAAUCAGCACCAUCGGAGGUCUCAUUGGCUCGAUGGUCGGCAUCUUUAUCCUUGCUAUGCUGUAUGAAGGACUUAAGUACUUUAGAGAACACCUGUUUCGCCAAGCCAUCGCCUCCAUGCAGUACUGUGCCAACGUAGAUAAGAAUAACAUUACAGAUGAGAACAAACAGAUGAGGUAUAUGGAGCAGAUAAUUAUGCCCCCAACAAUGAGCAUGCUGAGCAAGGAUCAUACCAUCCAAACGUUAAUGCACAUGCUCCAGAUGAUCGUCAGUUACCUGCUCAUGUUGAUUUUCAUGACUUACAAUGUGUGGCUUUGCUUAGCCUGCGUCUUAGGGGCAGGCCUCGGCUACUUCCUCUUCGGCUGGCGUAAAUCCGUUGUUGUUGACAUCACGGAGCAUUGUCAUUAGGGUUCGGUAAUUGUGCUCGCACCGUGAAGGGAGAAAAUCAGUCCCGGCCUUAUAUCUCGAGUUGUGGAAAUGUUAAUCAGAAAUAGAAGUUGAGCUAGAUGCCGCAGGGGAUGGCAUGUAAGUACAUGCUAUGCCCACUGGGAGUCUAGUUUAUUAACUGUCCUUACACAACUGGCUCCACAAGAACUGAGACACCAACGAGCCAAUUAUUAGUACUCCCUACAUCAGGUGAGGUCACGAGGUCUGCUAAUUGACUCUUUAGUGGCUGAGCACUUGUGGAGCCAUCUAUAUGUAAAGACAUUUUGCAAAACAAUACUAUAGUGAACACAUCAUUUUCCUGGCGGCACUGGGUUAAUAUUGUUAUGAUCAUUCUUGUGAUGCGUUGUGAUUUGGGGCUCCCCGUCAUGAGGGAAGCCUUUUGAUGCUAUAGCAAAGUUGUGCUUGCUUUCAAAGGUGCAUUUUAAAGGGGGGAGGGGGUAUUUUUUCACACAAAAAACAGAAUUUUAAUUCCAAACUGUUGUAUAUAUUUUAGAGAUCUUUUAGGGUUUCUUUUCUUCACAAUUUCUCUCACUUUCUCUCUCUCACUCUCUGACUUCCUCUCUUGCAUUUUUUCAUUCCAUCUUUCUUCUGUUGCAUUUUAUAUAUUUUUUUUCAUUGCUACACCUCAUCUCAAAUGAAAAAGAAAAUAUUCUCAUGUCUUUGUAUAUAAAGACCAAGUUGGCUCAUAUUUUCCCUAAUAAAACUUCCAUUUUAUAGAGCUGAAAUGUUUAUAAACUUACAUAGACCUUUUUAUUUAAAUCUUUGCUGUAGCAUUGCCUGCCUUACAUAUUUUUUUUCGUUUUUUAAACAUAUUCUUUUGAAACCAAAAUGUCAAGACAGAUAUUUAAUUAUUUUCUUAUACUAUAUAGUGAUUAUUUUCAAGUCUGUAUUAUUCUAAUGCGUUAUUAUUGCUGUUAUUUUGAUUGCUAUAUUUUUUUUAUAUUCAGUAUUGUUAUUUCUAAUCAAGUGUGUACUUACUACUUCAUUUAUCUUAAAAAAAAAAAAAAAUCCCUCUGGCCUUAUAGGAAUGAGUGUUAUUAUAUAUAUAUAAAUGAUAUUGAUAGAGAUUCACAACAUUGUAAAGAAGAAAAACCUGACCUCCAUGGCAUUGCCUUCAUAUCAUUUUAUGUUUAAGUUGACAUGUACAAGAUUAUGACCAUGAUGAUAAAGGAAUAGAUACUACAGAAUUAUUAUUACAUUUUUUACUAAUUAAUUGCAUAUUGUGGCAUUGUUAGUCAGUUAUAUAUUGAUUAUAUAUAUGACAUACUAUUUUUCUUCAAUUUAUAUCAGUUCAUGGUUUCAUGAUAUACAUACAAUUUAGGCAGAUACCUUGCUGCGUCUUUUCACAAAGUAUGUGUGGCUCACAACUUGUAAAGGUGAAGAAUUUAAUUGUACAAUAUUUUUUGAAAGGUUUUAUUAUAUGAAAGGUAUAUAUUUACAUAUGUUUCAGUUUGAUUACAAAUGUAAAGGAAAUGCAAAGUUGAAAGAAUGAGAAAAUGAUAAAAAUACGAAGAAAGAUCAAUGAAUCAGCAUUGUGAUUUUUAUGUAUUGAUUAUGAUAACAGUGUUGCGGCAGUAAAAACGUAAUAUAUUCUUUUGACACAUUUCCUUGCAAAAUGGUGUUGUUUCUACAAGAAGCAAGUAAAUUGUUCAAAUGUUAUUUUUGGGUAUAAUUGAACAUUAAAUCCAAACAGAUU